AUGGAGCGGGAGGACGCCUGGCGGCAAGGUACCCCUUCGGGUAAAGGAAAGACCACCAUGGUGUCCAACCACGUCGCCCACGAGGGCUUCGCCUCGUUCGACGUUGAGGGUGUCGGGAUCGACGGCACCGCGGCCGGGGGGAUGGGCGGUGUGAGGUUCGGCUACCGAGACUGCGGUCCGUCUCUGGGUUUCGGACAAGGGUGA